AAAGCUACGACUUCAUAUGCUUGGAGAAUGGCGCUCCCCAUCAUUGUGAAAUGGGGUGGGCAGGAGUACUCAGUGACCACGCUUUCAGAAGAUGAUACUGUGCUGGAUCUCAAGCAGUUCCUCAAGACCCUUACAGGAGUGCUCCCAGAGCGCCAGAAAUUACUGGGUCUCAAAGUUAAAGGCAAACCUGCAGAAAAUGAUGUUAAGCUUGGAGCUCUCAAACUGAAACUAAAUACUAAAAUCAUGAUGAUGGGAACUCGUGAGGAGAGCUUGGAAGAUGUCUUGUGUCCUCCCCCUGACAAUGAUGAUGUCAUCAACGAUUUUGACAUUGAAGAUGAAAUAGUUGAAGUAGAAAAUAGGGAAGAAAACUUACUGAAGAUCUCUCGCAGAGUCAAGGAGUACAAAGUGGAAGUGCUGAACCCUCCCAGGGAAGGGAAAAAGCUUCUGGUGCUGGAUGUUGAUUAUACAUUAUUUGAUCAUAGGUCUUGUGCAGAGACUGGGGUAGAGUUAAUGAGACCAUAUCUUCAUGAAUUUCUAACAUCUGCAUAUGAAGAUUAUGACAUUGUUAUUUGGUCUGCAACAAAUAUGAAGUGGAUUGAAGCUAAAAUGAAAGAACUGGGGGUGAGCACAAAUGCCAAUUAGUGAAGCCUCUUGGUGUCAUUUGGGGAAAGUUUUCUGAAUUCUACAGCAAAAAAAACACCAUUAUGUUUGAUGACAUAGGAAGAAAUUUUCUAAUGAAUCCCCAGAAUGGACUGAAGAUAAGGCCUUUCAUGAAAGCACAUCUGAAUCGAGAUAAAGACAAAGAGCUCGUGAAACUCACUCAGUAUCUCAAGGAGAUAGCCAAGCUUGAUGACUUCCUGGAGCUGAAUCAUAAGUACUGGGAAAGGUAUCUAUCAAAGAAGCAAGGACAGUAGUUACCAGUUACACUCACAGUUGAAGAUCCUUGAGAUCUGUGGACCUUGGUUUCUUUGCUAGGCAUUACCAUGAUUGUGCUGGACACUGGAGCAGAUGCCAGGCUGCCUAGCUGUGGUCUUCCAAUGCUUUGUAAAUUUAAUUUUGUAUUUUUUUGAAGAUAAUAACAAAGUGCUAAACAAAAAGUUCUCUUCCCUCCAUGUUAAUUUACUCUUGAAGAAAAUGUUCUCUGGCAUUGAUUAUUGAGGUGUUUUUCCAAACCCUCUGAAAAAUGGAAAACAAAACAAAAUCAAAGGUGGAGAAAAAUAUAUUCACCAGUGUCAUCCUG